AUGUUUGACAGGUCUUGCCAUCUCGGAAGUCCAAGGUCAAGUCGGACCGGGAGUCGGAUAAGGUCGUUGCUUUUCUUCUUCUUCCUCUUCGUACUCCCAUCGUUGGGGAUGGCGGGGAGGCGGAGGAGGGGCACAAGAGUGGGAAAGCGUAAUUCUGGUGUUACCGCGUUCUUUCUUCUCUUCUGUAUCGAUUGUGAGAAUGCCAUGCUGGGUACGGGGAUCUGUGUGGCACUGUUACUCGGGAGAUUGCUUGCUUCCUUCGUCGUCGUCGUCGUCGUCGUCGUCGUCGUCGUCGUACAGAGACACAAAGACACGCAUCACGCACGCCGCCGAGCUUUCGAUUCCUACAGAUGA